UGUCAAUCUGGCGAUGGUUGUAAUAUUGUGGUUUUAUAUUUUGUGUUAUGUUUACUUGGCGAUAUAAUUACUUAAGAAGAAUAAUUGCACGUCAUUGAAACAACAAUACCCUGAAAAAUAUCUAACUAUUACAAUAUUUGUGUGGUUACGUUUUACAUAAAGAAGUGGCGCGAUUAACGGAUGCAUUUCCUACAUUCUUAUGCCUUAAACGUAUUGUAACGUUUAAAAUCGUGAUGUUAUUGUUAAUCGGAAGUAAAGAUGCCUUUUAAGUUGAAGUUGAAGAAGACUCGUCAGUACAAUGUAGCUUCGAAGAGCUUAUUCGUGAUCAGUGUUGAAUUGUUAGACGGCGGGGUUGCGGAUUGUACUCUUUCUGUGGACAGUACGGGUCAGGAGUGCCUGGAUAAUGUAUGCCAGCGGCAGGCUAUCAACCAGCCGGAGUUUUUCGGUUUGCGGUACGUGAAUCGUAGUCAACAGCCACGAUGGGUCCAAUUGGAACGUCCUUUAAAACGUCAGUUGGACAAAUACGCCUCUUCCCACCAAUUAUAUCUUCGUGUAAUGUAUUAUGUCAUAUCAGGCACCAGUCUGAUUACGGACGAAGUCACGCGAUACCAUUACUUUCUCCAACUAAAGAAUGAUUUAAUUGAGGGGCGUAUAAUCUGUGAUUGUCAACAAGCAGUGGUAUUGGCGUCGUACAGUCGGCAAGCUGAGUACGGGAAUCAUGAUCGGGAGCGGCAUACUGUGGAGUACUUGAAGAAUUUGCUGACAUUCCCUAAACAAAUGCUAGAUGGAGGUCAGAUUAUUGAUGGCAGUACAUUGGCAGAGACCGGCCGGCUGGAAUGGCUCACUGCAGCUGUUAUACAACAUCACAUGUCCUUACACAACAUGUCACAGGCGCAAGCGGAGGAGGGGUUCAUCAGCGCAUGCCAGCAGCUGCGCGGCUACGGGCAGGAGAUGUUCAGCGCGCGAGACCAGCUCGAUCAGAGCGAGGUCACGCUGGCCGUAUCGCUCACCGGCAUAAGAGUCCUCACCGAGACCAGCGACACGCCCACCUUCUACAGAUGGAUGGAUAUAACGAACGUAAUCAACCACAAGCGAACGUUCAGCGUGGAGUGUCAGCGACCCUUAGGUUCAGCUGCCUUCGUUCUCCCCAGUCCUGAAGACGGAAAGUACGUGUGGAGGAUGUGCGUGCAGCAGCAUACCUUCUACAUGAGACAUCGACCAGCUCUCACCGCCAACCAUGUGGUACAAGAUGAACCACGUCCUAACUUCCAGGAGCACGGUCUAUCAGAGAGCCGCGAGGAGCUGGAUGUGCGGGAGUGUGCGGGAGCGGGGUCCCGGCUGGAGCCGCUGACGGCCGCGCACCGCGCACAUUCCACAUCCUGCCUCGAGCUGGCCGACCACCCGCCACAGCCACUGCACAGGAACAGGGCCCUGCUUCCAUCUUACCGACCUGCACCUGAUUACGAAACCGCGAUUCAGCAAAAAUAUCAGCAGCAAAGAGCAGAAGCACAAAUACGAUACCAGAACCACCACACCCACUCACAACUCCUCGCCGGCUCCGCUAAGCCCCUGGUCUACGGCUCCCACCCCGACAUCCAUGGUGUACACUACCCCGAUGUAACCCGCCAUACAGUCUCCGUCAACCAGGGGGUGGCCACCACCGAAAACUACGGCCUCAAAUUCGUUGCCAAUUACCCCUUUGCCGUCAAUCCUAAUGUCCAAGCCGACCACGCCCUCCACUACGUCAACGUGUACAAGCCUCCGCCUCCCUACCCCUCCAACGGCCUAGUCUCCAACUCCACCCCGGACCUCGCGGUCGCCAGCCAGGCCCUCAACUACCACAGGGGAUACAUCAACAAUCACGUGUCCGGCUCCAGUCCGGACCUCGUCUCCACCAGGUCGGCCAUCAACCGCCAGUACCUUGGAUAUCUGAACCAGGGACAUAACGUCGUCAGCUACGCCCGACCCAACCUGUUGCCAGCAACGCACGGCACUUACAACAAUCUCACAUCAGUCCUAGACCCCAACCCUCAUAUUAUAAUUGACCCCCAUCAUAUAUCAGAUAAUAUACAAAAAGUAUAUGACGAAAGAGGUAAUAUUAUGUACUCUAUGCCCAUGAGAAGGAUAUCCUACCAACGACAUCUCGUGCUACCCCAGCAGCAGAUCAAAAUCAACGACACACAGGAACCCAUAUACGAAAAUGUACCUCUACCCUGGCAGAGCGAGAGAACAAUACGAGACAGGGCACAAAGUCUGACCACCACAGACGAAAUAGCUCGACAAAACGAAAGAAACAACAGCCAUCCGACAACAAACAGCUACGGGAACCCAAAACCGAUAAAUGUACCAAAUUAUCGUCUACCAGUGAAAAUCGAAACCGACAACCAUUACGUGAACGCACAAAUCAUUAAAGGUGUUAGAGAAACGAGUGUGCCAAAAGAUGAAUCUAGUCGAAACAAGACUGAAGAUGAUCCUAACAUAGGAAUAGAUAAAUUAUCUAUACAAACAGAUGAGAAAGAUUAUUUAGAAACACCAUACCAGAGUCUCUCAACCCACAAAACUAAUAUAAGUAAAUCCUCCGAUAAUGUAACAUCUAUAUCUAUACCUGAUAUAAAAAUUGGACAAAACAAUAAUAUCUCACAAACAAGUAUAACAGAUUCUAAUGCAAACACAACGUAUACUAGUGUUGAAUUAGAAAACUCUAAAAACAGUGUCAGCAGUAAAGAGAAGAAAAGAAGACGUUGGGGUGUGUUUAUGGGUAGAAGUAAGAAUGUGGAAGUUAAAAGUGCUACCUUAGGAAGGGAUAGAGCUAAAGUGAACCAAACACAACCAACUAACAAGCACCGAUGGUCAACCGGUCUGCCAAAAUUCCAACCUCUACCUCCAAGUAUAACCAAAGAAACUCUGUGUCAACUGCUGGAGCGUAAGAUGUGCGAAGAUCAGCUGUCGUUCGCAUUCGAGCAGAUCCCUAAGGGGAGGGAGGGGGCGGGGCAUGCGCUGGCCACGCCCCCCACAGCCGGCGACGACCACCUUCCAUACGAGGACAACCGCGUACGUCUCCAUCCCACCCCCGACAACCCCCACGGAUACAUCAACGCCUCACAUAUCACUAUGACAGUUGGUAGUUCGCAACGUUUUUAUGUGGUGAUAAAGUGUGGGACUAACUGCGUGGGCAGUGGGCAGAGCGCGGCCCAGGUGUGGGCGUGCGUGUGGCAGGUGGGCGCCCGGUUACUGGCCCACGUGGGCGACGACCCGCCGCCCUACCUGCCGCAGGACCAAACCGCAACUGACUAUGGACAGUUCAACGUGUGCGCAUCGCGGUCAUCUCAGGCGGCGUGGGGCGGGUCUGUGCGCGUGCGCGUGCGCCGCGGCUCCGGCCCCGCUGCGCGCACACGUUGUCUCUGGCUAGUGCACUUCGCACGCUGGCCUCGACCACAACCAGCACCCAAUGAUGUUGCACUAUUCUUAGAUUUCUUAAGUGAAUUGAACGGUCUCCGUGUGGUAUGCGAGGCGGAGGCUAGCGAGGAGAAGCAGCCGCUGGCCUCGCGCAAUGCUCCACUCGCGCUGAGCUGCACCGCGGGCGCCGGCCGCAGCGGGCUCGCCCUCGCCGCUGAUGUACUGCUGCACGUGCUGGAUACCAACCAGGAGUUGGAUAUUCCAAGAACCAUCAGCUUGCUGCACCAACAGCGAGCAAAUCUGGUGCAAAAUGUACAUCAGUACCGCUUCCUUCAUCAACUCUUGCUGCAUCAUCUCAAAAGAUCAAGGCUCAUAUAAUCUAAUCUGACAUGUCAAGGAUGGAAGAGGAAACUUUAUUAAUUAUAGGAAGGGAUAAGUAAAGGGAAUAUCUUUUUCCUGUUUGUCUUGUCCUCUG